AUAUUGUAAUGCAAGUUCAUAAACACGAUUUAAUUAUGUUAUUGAUAACUACGCGCCGUUUGUCGCUAUGAUCACUGACCCGAUUUGUUCAAACAAAAAUUUCAAAAACAAGCAAAAACUUCUUUUAUAUUUAAAAGUAAUGAAAUGAUGUCUAGUCCAACUACAAGUUCGAUUACCUUAAGCAAUGCAAAUUUUAGUUUGCGAAAUAUUUUUCGGAAUACUCGAAAAUCUUGUAAUAAUAGUAUAGAGUCUGUCAGUAUAAAAUCUGAAAAACAACCCACAACGCAGUCAUAUCCUAAAGAGGAUCUUCUAAUGUGCAAUGUUUGUUUUUCUUGGAAGUGUUCAACUUUUUUUCCUGUUCUUUUGAGCUGCGAGCAUAGAAAUUGUAUUGAUUGUUUACGACAACAUUUGACAAUUGCUGUUCGAGAAUGCAGAGUAUUAGUGUCAUGUCCUGAAUGUUCCGAAGUGUUUCAUCCAUCAGAUGUUCAAAUAAUAUUUAAUGAUGAUGCCCUUUAUUUAAAAUAUGAAGAAUUCACCCUUAGACGUGCGCUUGUUGGAAUUGCUGAUAUUAGGUGGUGCCCUGCUCCAGACUGUGGUUAUGCUGUUAUUGCGUCAGGUUGUGCUGGUUGUCCUCAAUUAAAAUGUGAACGACCAGGCUGCAAUUACGAGUUUUGCUAUCAUUGUCGUCAGGUGUGGCAUCCAAACACAACCUGUGAUUUAGCCAGAAUGCAAAAUCAAUUUGAAAUACGAUCAUUAUCCUCAGCUGAUCGAAAAUCUCUAAAUAUGAAUGAAGACAUUAAGCCAUGUCCUAAUUGCAUGGCUUUAAUUAUAAAAAUGGACGAUGGAUCAUGUAAUCAUAUGACAUGUGCUGUAUGUGGAGGAGAAUUUUGUUGGUUAUGUAUGAAAGAAAUAUCUGAUCUACAUUAUUUAAGUCCAUCAGGCUGUACUUUUUGGGGUAAAAAACCAUGGAGUCGUAAGAAAAAAAUUUUAUGGCAAAUGGGUACUUUAAUAGGAGCACCUGUUGGAAUUGCUUUGGCUGCAGGUGUUGUUCUUCCUGCUAUGAUGAUUGGUAUUCCAAUAUACUCUGGGCGUCGGAUUAGAGAGAGAUUUGAUUUUAAUGAUAAUGUCCAUAAGCGUAAUCUUGCUAUCACAGGUGGAGUUGCACUUUCUAUUAUUGUUUCACCAUUUCUUGCUGCAUUAACAGUUGGUGUAGGUGUACCAAUUGCAUUGGGCUAUGUUUAUGGCGUUGUUCCUAUUUCCCUUUGCAGAAGUGGUGGCUGUGCAAGUGUUACCACAUCAAAAAAAGGUCGCGGUGUCAAUUUAGAGUUUGAUGAACAUGAUGAACCUUAUACUAAAACUGGUAAUAACAAAAAUAGUCCAAAUCGAAGAAGUGAAUUUAGUGGGGAAUUCUCUGCUAAAGUAUCUUCAGUUAAAGGGUUUCAGUCUAGUAUCAGCGGAAGCAAUAGCUCAGGUAUUGAUGAACCAUAUACCUCAACUUUCCACCCCAAAGAAAAUGAUGUUCAAUCUCAUACUUCCCUAAUUCCUGCUCCUCGUAGUACCACUAUUAGCAUGACAAGUAGUUUAGAUAAUAUGCAGGAAAGACCAUCAAGUUUUGUCAAGUAAAUUUUUAUAAAACUCUAUUAGAAAAAAUAUUAAACUUUUUGUAAGAAUCAAAAUAAAACAUCAGAUUUUCAAGUUUUAAUGGAGAUCUGAAGGUUGAAUGACAUUAGAAUAAUAUUCUUGACAUCUAGA